AUGCUCGCUCGCUACCUGGUGCUCACCUGCGCAGCGUGCGGCCACGCGCUCCGGCUUCCGCAGCCUCCUGUAGGCCGCCGCCAGGCGCUGAGCUUCGUCCUCGGUGCGGCCGCCUUCGGUGGCGGUGGCUCCGGCGCGUUCGCCGAUGAGGCCCCGAUGACGCCCGCCGAGUGCAAGGCGAGCUGCUUCAAGGAGUGCAACACAGUCGCGCCCGGGAACAAGUCGUACUGCGCGAACCAGUGUGAUAGCUUCUGCGACGCCUCGGGCGCGGCCGCGGCCGACAAGCCCGCCGAUCUGCCCGACGUCAGCAAAGACUUGGGAAUCUUCGGCGACAGCGGCGUGGGCUACAGCAAAGGAUUUGAGGACCUGUUUGCGACGGCGUUCGGAGCCAAGCGGCAGUCGAAGAAGAUCAACGAGGCGAACGUCGGCGAAUUCGCCAGCGAGGUGCACAACCAAGGGCUUGCCACCUCCGUAUCCAUCAUGAUGAAGCCAAUGGGCCAAAAUCGGACUCCGCUCCCCUCCCAGGCCAAGCAGCUCGAGGUGGCAGUCCUUAUUUCCACCUCGCACCAGUACCACCUGUCCUACGUGAGCAGCCCCAAGAAGGACCUGCUCAGGCGGUGGCACUGCUGCCUACGGGACCUGAUCGCCCGCACUCCUCUGGGCGAGCUUCUGCACCACCCAGCUGCACGCUUGCCUCGUGUCCGGUGGAGGCUCCGCGUCGGAUUUUUUGGCAUCGACAAGCUUCAGAAAUUCAGCAGCGUCUACCGCGAUAGAAUGAACGUCAUUCAGGGCCUCGACAGCAGGCGCUUUGAGACGUUUCUCAUCGUGUCUGCCCAGUACGCUGCCUCGCCGCCUCGCGACCUUGCUGGGGCAGAUUUGCUAUGGGGCUCCGUCGAUCAUGUGGUCGGUUGCGAUGUGCACGAUCUGCGCGCCGUGCUGACGCAGGUCGGCGAGCUGCACCUCGACGUCCUCGUCUACCCAGAGAUCGGGAUGCACCCACUGACCUGCCUGACAGCCUACGCGCGGCUAGCUCCAGUGCAAGUCACCACCUGGGGCCACUCGCUCACCUCCGGCAUCCCGACGGUCGACUACUAUUUCUCGAGCGCGUGGUACGAGCCCACAGAUGCGGAGGCGAACUACUCGGAGACGCUCGUGCAAAUGCGCAGUCUAUGCACGUCGUACCCUGACCUCAGCAUCAAGCACCGUGUGCGCAAAGGGGGCGCCGACUACACCUCCACCCUGGAGGUCCUGCCGCCGCCGCCCACAAAGCUCGUCUGCUGCAUGCAGACAAGCUGCAAGGUCAACCUGCACUUUCUGCGGCGCACAAUGCCUCGGAUCCUCGAUGGCGCUCCAGACGCGGUCUUCCUAUUCAUGCGCGAGCACUUUGCUUCUGCGACGCGCGACGCCAUCUCUGAGGCACUAGCAGGCCAGGUCCUCUUUCUGCCGACGCUGCUGUUCGGCACCUUCCGCACCGUCAUUGCCCGCUCGACAAUCUUGCUCGACCUCCACCCGUUUGGAGGCUGCAACACGGCGCUCGACAGCUUCCUUGAGGGGCGUAUCAUCGUCACACUGCCUGGCUCCGAGCUGCCGGGCCGCUUCACGCAGGGGUUCUACCGCCGCAUGGGCGUGGUCGACCCCAUCGCGUCCACCGAGGAUGAGUACGUCGACCUCGCGGUGCGCUUCCUCAACGACAGCAAGGAGCGCCGGCGCGUCGAGCGGCUGAUUGAAAAGCGCCGCAGCGUGCUAUUCAACGACCAGGCCAGCGUCGCGGAGUGGGAGGACACCCUGCUGCUCGUCUCGCGGCCGUGGGUGACGCUGAUGCGGCGCAAGGGCGGCGACAGAGCAGGAGAGGACAAGCGCGCGUGCGCGGGAUGGUUGCCUCGCUUGGAGUUUCGUGGGUGUUUUGGUUGCGUCUGUACUGUGUGA